AUGAAUAACUCCACAGCGAUCUUCACUACAUCUGAAGUAUUUUCUGACUCCAUGACUCCUUUCAUUGGACUAAUAGAAAUUCUGCAGAUUUGUGUGUACAGUUUCGGUUUAUUGUUUGGACUUCCUACACAAUUCUAUGUUGUAUGGCUGAUUGUCAAAGAAUCAGGAACGAUACUUCCAUCAGAGUUUUUCAGUCUCAAUCUGUCUGUUUGUGAGAUUGUUAAUUUUCUGAAUUGUUUGCUUUUUAUGCUGUCAGUUUUAUUUUCAAGUUUCAUAAAAAUAGCCCAUUCCCUAUCAGGGCUAGGCAUCACUGGUCGUCCUCUGUUUGAGUGUCUGAUCUGUGUGGAGCGUUACCUGGCGGUGGUUCAUCCUGUAACCUUUCUGAAGUACAAACCUCUCAGAUAUCGCUUGAUCUGCUCCACCGCUGCCUGGAUCAUAAGUCUUGGAUCCUGUUCCGCGACCAGGUUUCUCGGAGGCACGCAAAACUUUACUGGGCAUUCGUGGUUCUUCUCGGUGCAGUUUGUCGUCUUUCUCUCUGUACAGUUGUUUUGUUGUCUGGCUGUUCUGAGAGCUCUGAAGCAGUCUGGACCAGGAGAGAGAGGGAGAGAGAGAGAGGAGGAAAACCACAUGAAGAGAAGAGCCUUUAAUCUCAUUCUAAUAAUUACAGUAAACAUGAUUAUCAUAAAUGUUCCAAUGAUUGUAAGUGGAGUCAUUACCAUUUUCAUGCAACAGAAUAUUCCGGCACUUUGGAUACCGUCUAAUAUUUGUUAUGUUCUGGCUGGUUUUGUGCACCCUGCUCUUUAUCUCUACAGAGCUGGAAAACUCUCCCGCCUCUUUUGCGCAUAA